GGAAUCCUACUUCUUCUUCUUCUUCUUCAAUCCUCUGCUGUUGGAACAGCUUGAUUCUGGCCUUCUGUUGCCCCUUGUCUCAAGGGGGGAUUCAUGAAGAGGCUAGUAAAGGCAAUUGUGAUACUAAUUUUAGCUGUCGCGGACGCCAUUGAAGCCAGUGGAAGCAGUGAUGGCUACUGCAACUACAAGCACAUCUCGACGUCAAGGCCACACAGUGUGACCAUCACGGAGUUUGGAGCGGUCGGAGAUGGACUUACUCUGAACACAGUGGCCUUUCAGAAUGCAGUGUUCUAUUUGAGGUCAUUUGCCGACAAAGGAGGUGCUCAGCUCUAUGUGCCUCAGGGGAGAUGGCUCACUGGAAGCUUCAAUCUCACCAGUCAUCUCACGCUCUUCCUGGAGCAAGAUGCCAUUAUAAUCGGCAGUCAGGAUUCAUCACAAUGGCCUAUUGUUGAGUCCUUACCCUCUUAUGGUCAAGGAUUAGAUCUACCCGGUGCAAGGCAUCGCAGCUUGAUAAAUGGAUAUAACUUGACUGAUGUAGUGAUAACAGGUGAUAAUGGCACCAUCGAUGGACAAGGUCUUAUUUGGUGGGAGUGGUUUUCCUCACAAUCUCUGAACUAUAGCCGUCCUCACCUUCUCGAACUAGUGAAUUGUAAUGAUAUCGUGGUUUCAAAUUUGACUUUCUUGAAUUCCCCUGCCUGGAGCAUUCAUCCUGUCUACUGCAGAAAUGUUGAGAUUCAGAACAUAACAAUUCAUGCUUCGUCCGAUUCUCCAUAUACAAAUGGCAUAGUACCAGAUUCUUGCUCCAAUUUAUGCAUUGAAGACUGCAGCAUUGAUGUCGGACAUGAUGCGAUUGCCCUUAAAAGUGGUUGGGACAACUAUGGCAUCUCUUAUGGCAUGCCUUCGACAUAUAUCCAUAUCAGCAAAGUCCAUCUGCAGACACCCCUCGGUUCUGCUCUCGCUUUUGGCAGUGAGAUGUCAGGUGGAAUCUCAUUCAUAUAUGUCGAGCAUCUCCAUAUCGACAAUUCGUUAACCGGCAUAAAUUUCAAGACCACAAGAGGGCGAGGUGGCUUCAUCGAAGACAUAGUUGUAUCAAAUGUCGAGAUGGAGAACGUGCAUGAGGCAUUUCGGUUCACCGGUCACUGUGGUGGCCAUCCAAAUGAUGAGUAUGAUCCAGAUGCUCUCCCGAAGAUUAAGCAGGUCACACUCAAGAACAUUGUUGGAACCAACAUAUCCACCGCCGGAUUCUUCUCAGGAAUUGAAAAUGAUCCCUUCACCGCUAUCUGUCUUUCAAAUAUCGCACUGUCCAUUACAUCAGAUCCUUCUAAUUCUUGGUCAUGUUCUAAUGUCUCUGGAUAUUCUGAAUCAGUCUUCCCUGAUCCAUGCUCUGAUCUCAACUCGAAUUCUUCAUUCUCUUGCUUCUCCCUUGACUUCACUGCUGCCGCAGAAGCCUGAUAAGCACUUCUUUCCUGUGAUUAUGUUCAUUUCAGCCUAUAUGUACAAUUGAGAGGCUUGAGCUGAUUCUUUCCAAUAAAUCCCAACAAGAGCUUUUUCUUCUACCAUUUGAUACACUGCAUCUUCCUUCAUCAACCUCAUCAGCUGUCUUGGUCUGAAAUGAAAAGAAGGUUGGCAUCAGAGAUGGCAAUGUGCAUUCCUGUACAGCUACAUUUGUUCAUUCAAUCUGUAAGAAAAGUUUUUGGUAGUGGUUGGAAUCCACAGGUUUGCUUCAUACCAUUGCAUUUGCUGUUACUCUUUCUAGAUAAAUGGUUUUAUGUUGUUGGAGUAUUCUUCUAUCAUAUGCCACAUGGUUUAAUGUGAUUGAUAUAAGAGGUGGUUGGAUACUUGA